GGUGCCGAUGACCGCGACAAGUAGCCUUCUUUUACCAAUCCCAGCAAUCAUCGUCGCCCCCUCUCCCGCUCCGAAGCUUCCUCCGUCGUUUUCCCCGGCGGGCGACGCUCACCGGGCGCGAGAGCGCGCGCGCCGGGUCAGAGACCCCGGCGGACAAGAAACCUCCCUCCCCGCCUCCGCUGCCGCUGCAUCAUCGCAUUGCAUUGCCGCCGGGUGGAGCGAUAAGCAAUUGACUUGACUUCCCUCCCUCCCCCACUGCACUUCGAGCCCCCAGCGGGGUUCUUGACUUCUUCCCCCUCCGGUUAUUAUUGUUGUGACCGAGUGCGCCGCGCUUCAUCCGGUGGGCGGCCCGCCUGACUCCCGUCGUCGUCUUCCUCAUCCUCGCCCUCGUUGCGGAGCGGAGGCGCGCGUUCUUGGACGCCACGGGACACGGGCGGAGGUGGGUGAGCCCCCACGUGGGUCGCUGAUUCGCUGGUCGGGUUCCGUGCGGUGGUGUAUCUGCUCUGGUUUUCUUGGCCCGGUCUCGAUUUCUCGCACCGGCAAGCCCGUCUCAUCUGCCCAAUUUCCCCUCCCCCACUUCUCCUACCCCGUUCUUUCUCCACUUGGUGAGGACGCCGAAUUCUCGGUUGGCUUAGCCGCUUAGGAGGUGUUUGGAUCAAAUCCAGUCAGGUGAGUUUGUCCAGUGUUCGUCCCUAAGUAUCCGAGGUUUGUGCUAUGCCGAAUUCUAGUUUCGUUAGCGGCCUUCGUGUAUAUGGCCGAUGCUUGUAGUGGACCUGGCGCAUGUUUGGUCGAUUUUGGCCAGGGAAAAUUCGAAAAAAGAAAAAUAUUGGCCAUGGAAAGGAGAUGGGGGAACGAUGGUGUAGGGUUGUAGGAAUUAGGAAAUAUGCCUAUUAUUGGCAGUGGGGAAUCCCAACCAUGAAUUAGGCAUCCUUCAAAAAGCCCCACUUUAACUUCUUCAGACAUGUCAUAAAAGGCUAUGCUUUAUUCCAGUUAGUUAGUACUUAUUGGUGUGUAAUGUAGUGAUGUUUUUCUUCCAUAUACCAGGAAGCUCAUCAGGGUGUUGGGGUCAUCCGGAGGUGCAGGCUGAACAAUGGGGCAAAAGGACUCCAAGCCUUCCUAUAGCUACUCUUAUGAUUAUGGCAAUACUUCAUCGGGGUAUACUUCCAGGCAUGCUGGAAAUCCAACAUCCAGUUAUAGCGCGAGGUACGCCCCUUCUUCAGAGAACAAUGUGCAGCCAGAAACACACGCCAGGUUGCAGAGGAAGUAUUCAAGGAUUGGUGAUGACUACCGCUCUUUGAGUCAGGUGACUGAAGCUUUGGCACAAGCAGGCCUUGAAUCUUCAAAUCUUAUUGUAGGCAUUGAUUUCACAAAGAGCAAUGAAUGGACAGGUAAAAUGUCCUUCAAUCGCCGCUGCCUGCAUGAUAUUGGAAGCACUCCAAACCCAUAUGAACAAGCCAUAUCUAUUAUUGGAAGGACACUUUCAGCUUUUGAUGAAGAUAAUUUGAUUCCCUGCUUUGGAUUUGGUGAUGCAUCAACUCAUGAUCAGGAGGUAUUCAGCUUUUACCCAGAGAACCGUCCAUGCAACGGUUUUGAAGAGGCGCUAGAAAGAUACAGAGAAAUUGUUCCAACUCUUCGAUUAGCUGGGCCUACAUCUUUUGCUCCGAUAAUUGAGACAGCAGUUGGAAUUGUUGACAGCACUGGUGGUCAAUACCAUGUUCUUCUGAUAAUUGCUGAUGGACAGGUAACCCGAAGUGUUGAUACACAAUAUGGACAAUUAAGUCCGCAGGAGCGAGAUACAAUUGACGCAAUAGUAAAAGCAAGCCAGUUCCCUCUGUCAAUUGUUCUUGUCGGGGUUGGUGAUGGACCAUGGGACAUGAUGCACCAGUUUGAUGACAAUAUACCUGCUCGCUCAUUUGACAAUUUCCAGUUUGUGAAUUUCACGGAGAUUAUGUCAAAGAGCAUAGCUGCUGAGAGAAAGGAGGCAGAAUUUGCAUUGUCAGCACUGAUGGAAAUUCCUGAACAGUACAAAGCAACACUUGAUCUUCAACUCUUAGGACGCCGACACAGAAUAACUCCAAGAGUUGCUCUGCCGCCACCAACAAGGAAUGCUUAUUCGCGGUCAACUAGCUUCAGUCAGCAAUCUGGUGUUUAUUCACGAUCUAGUAGCUUUGACCAACAAACAAGUGGCUUUCAGCAACGUUCCGAGAGCUUGAAACAGCAGCAACCUGCCGCCACAAGGAGACCUGACACUUAUGCAGCAGAAAGUGCUUUAGAGGACAGACUGCUGUGCCCCAUUUGCAUGUAUAAAUCGAAGGACCUUGCAUUUGGCUGUGGACAUCAGACUUGCUAUGAAUGCGGGAAAAUUUUGGAGCGCUGCCCUCUAUGCCAGCAGAACAUAACCACAAGGAUCAGGCUAUACUGAUCUGAAGCCUAUGGAGUAGCACAUGUUGAAAGAGACUCCUGCGCAAAUUUGUUCAGAACCAGCUUUAAUGCUAGCGCUUCAUCAGAUUGUAAUUGGCGUGUUAGUCUUUCUGCAUAAUAAGAAGGCUUAAUGUAUGUAGAUAGUGGUGAUGUCACUGUCCCAGUAGUGCACAAUAUGUAGUUUAGCUACAGUGUUUACUGUAGAAAACAUCGCACCACCAAAUAAUGUACAUGUUUUCCACCCUUUCUUUCCCUUCACAUCUCUUAGUAAAUAAGUUGGAACACCUGAAAAUUUGUGGAUUAGAUAUGAAUGUUGUGAAGCAAA